UUCCCCUCAGUGCUCCCUCCCCCGGGCUGAGGAGUGGGAGAUUAACCUGACUGUGUGAGCUGUGCUUUAAAACAGUACGGCGCGCAGAGACUCUCACACAGCUGAGGGAGCAAGACUUUGACUGAGCUGAGGAGACACAGCUGAAGACACAGCAGGUCAGUGUUGAUGUUGUGGACCUGCAGUGGAACCUGCGUGGGACUUCUAUUAAUCUAAAGAGAAACCAACACACACUUCAACAAGGUCUAUUGAGGAGUUCUGUAAAAACUGUGUGAAGCUUCAGGUCUGGUAAUGAUGGACGCCGGGCCGCUGGUGGCAGUGCCCGAGGGUUCUCCAGAGGGCGAGACGGUAUGUGCCGCUCUGGCUCGCUACGAGGCCACCCUGCGAGACGCGGUACGUGAGAUCCAUGUGGACGUGAGCGCCUUCAAGCUGGGCGUGGAGCGGCGUCUGGAGGAGGCCCUGCGUGUGAGUGGCCCACUGGGCCGUGCUGUGGCCCAGCUGCAGCAGGAGAACCGGCAGCUGCGUGGCCAGCUGGAGGCCCUCACCCGCCAGGUGGAGAUGCUGACCGGGACGGUAUGUGACAGGAGCGCUUUGCUGGGCACCGGACCACCGCAGACCAAGGUCCAGAGUGGCUCGGUUGGAACCCAGCCUGAUUCCUCCCCUCCUGCUCCCAGUUUGGGCGCACUGACCGGCUCGGCCAGCGGUUCGGCCUUCAGCCCCUCCACCACUCGCUUCUCCAGCAGAGCUACCUUUUCUGUCAGCAGCAAGACUAACAGUAUUGAACGUGAGGAACCCAUUGAGGUGGAUCCAGCUCCAGCCCCAUCUGGACUUGAGAAUGGACACACACCCACAGCAGAAAACUCCACUGUGCCUUUAAGAGAGAGUCCUCCACCCAUCGGCGUGUCACAACGAAACUCUCCCCCAGUGUCUAUGGCGAUGCCACACCUGCCGAUCACUGCAACCACCAAAGUAGCAGAUUCUCCAGUCCUUAAGGGUCCUGAGUCACCAAGUAGCUCAAUGCAGUCAACCCCUUCAGAUGUAACAGAUUCACAACCAGACGGCCAGACAGACAGCAGUGACAACCAGCCACAACUUGAGUCACCCAUUCAUGCAGUAUCGUCAGUGAAAACAUGGACUCCAAGUCCUGUGAGGACAAUGGGCUCUCCAAGACUCAACGAGAAAGUAUCUACUUCUGCACCAUCCAAGUCUGUGGCUUAUUCAAGCUACUCAAGCCUCCAGAACCAGAUCAACACAGACAGGAAUGUGGAUAUUCCGGGAGAACUGUCUUUUGGCAGAGGGAUAGAGCGCAGGCGGGAGCUUGUGAGGUCACAGACUCUCCCUCGCAGCCUUGGAGCCCAGGCUCGCAGGUCCAUUUUUGAGCGGUUAGAUUCUGAAACCAACAGUCGGCCCAAGCCUGUGGACUCCAAGCCCAAACUGAAGCGAUCUCAAAGUUUUGGUGUUUCCAGUGCAAGCAGCAUCAAGCAGAUUCUUUUAGAAUGGUGUCGCUCCAAAACUAUUGGGUAUCAGAACAUUGAUAUCCAGAACUUCUCCUCCAGUUGGAGCGAUGGCAUGGCCUUCUGUGCCCUGGUCCACUCGUUCUUCCCCACCGAGUUCGACUACAACGCCCUGUCCCCUGUAGACCGCAAGCACAACUUCGAGCUGGCCUUCAGCACUGCAGAGAAGCAUGCUGGCUGUGACAGGCUCAUUGAGGUGGAGGACAUGAUGGUGAUGGGCAGAAAACCAGACCCCAUGUGCGUCUUCACCUACGUCCAGUCUCUGUACAACCACCUGCGCAAGUUUGAAUGAGCCACCACGUCACUGCAACAUAACAAAAAGGCUUGAGACUUUUCUAUUCAGCAGACGCUGAAAAAGUGCAACACUGCCCCCUGCUGGACUGGAUGUAAGUCUGGUUCAGGAUCUCAUGAGUUGAAAAGGUGCGAAUGAGGGACACUACAGUGAUUUUCCUCUUGUUUAUCAAGAACAGCCACUAUUUAUUUCAUUCUCCUGUAACUGUUUGUGCUGUUUGAGUAUGGGCCUCUAAUGGACGCUGUGUGCUCUGACAUAUUUUUCCAGAGGAUUAAGAAUUUGAAGGAAAUUCAUCAUUUUACCUGCAAUGAAAAGCCAGCUAGUCGACUGCAAACACAGAAACAUUACUUCACCUUUAUAGUCUUUUGAAAGCUUUUGAAACACAGACAUGUACAGAUAAAAGGUACAUUAUAUUCUUUUUUUUUUUUUUAGAAUUUAGACAGAUCACAUUUUUUAUUUGCAUUUUUUUAAUCUAUUUAUCAUUGUCACUGUUUUAAAAGGAUGGAUCUAGUACAAGAACGACUAUAGGAUUUGUUUUUCUCAUUUUUUUCUGUUUGUACAUUAUAUCAGUAGUGCCACAUUACAGUCCUGCCAAAGCUUCUCUUUUACACUGUGCACAAUCAAAUAUGUGUGUUUUCAAGUAAAUGCCAUAUUAGGUAUAAAUGCUGUAAAUAUGAUGAAAAUAAAAU